ACAAACAAGCGGCGAUAGAGUAAACCACGUUUAUUGCGGGAGCAGCUAUGGAAUCACAGCUACCCCUCUGCGCCACAACCUGAAAAACGAGGGACCUGCCUACUCCCUCCUCAUUUUUAUUAUCCGAGGCACCACCGGUGCGCAUGGAGAUAACCUACGCCUCUUCAAGCCAUCGUUAUCUUCCAACAAUGUCUGCCUCCUCCUCCUCCUCACUCGGAUCCUCCAUGCCGAACCGACCUGUCAAAACCAUUCCUCUUCAACACCCAAACACGACGUCGUCCUCCUCCACUCCCUUGCCUCAGGCCAUGUUUUGGAGAUGGACCGCCAAAAUAAAACGAACCACUCCUUCUCAAUGGAUCGAUACCUUUCUUCCUUGUUACCGUUGGAUUAGAACUUAUAAAUGGCGCGAGUAUUUGCAGCCUGAUCUCAUGGCCGGUCUCACCGUCGGUAUCAUGCUCGUCCCCCAGGCAAUGUCAUACGCAAAAUUAGCAGGACUGCAUCCAAUUUAUGGACUGUAUACUGGUUUUAUACCAAUUUUUGUGUAUGCCAUAUUUGGGUCAUCUCGACAACUUGCAAUUGGUCCAGUGGCAUUGGUUUCUCUGCUAGUGUCUAAUGUUUUGGGUGGAAUGGAUUUAUCUGACGAGUUAUAUACAGAACUUGCGAUUUUAUUAGCAUUUAUGGUUGGGAUAAUGGAAUGUAUAAUGGCAUUUUUGAGGCUUGGAUGGCUUAUCCGCUUCAUCAGCCACUCUGUGAUUUCUGGCUUCACAACUGCCUCAGCCAUUGUCAUUGCACUAUCCCAAGCAAAGUAUUUCUUGGGGUAUGAUGUUGUACGAAGUAGCAAGAUUGUGCCAUUGAUUAAAAGCAUAAUAUCUGGAGCGCAUAAGUUCUCCUGGCCUCCUUUUGUGAUGGGAUCUUGCAUCCUUGCAAUACUCUUGGUCAUGAAGCAUUUGGGAAAAUCAAGGAAGCGGUUCAGGUUCCUACGACCAGCAGGUCCACUUACAGCGGUCGUUUUGGGUACAGUGUUUGUGAAAAUAUUUCAUCCAUCCUCAAUUUCUUUGGUAGGAGACAUCCCCCAGGGACUCCCAAGCUUCUCUAUUCCAAAAAAAUUUGAGUAUGCGAAGUCUUUAAUCCCGACAGCAAUGCUUAUUACUGGGGUAGCCAUAUUGGAAUCUGUUGGGAUCGCUAAAGCUUUGGCAGCAAAAAAUCGGUAUGAGUUGGAUUCAAGUCAAGAGUUGUUCGGUCUUGGUUUGGCCAAUAUCUUGGGCUCAUUCUUUUCAGCAUACCCUUCAACAGGCUCCUUUUCUAGGUCAGCUGUAAAUAAUGACAGUGGGGCCAAAACUGGCUUAGCUGGAAUUGUAGCUGGAACCAUUAUGGGCUGUUCUCUUCUAUUCUUGACUCCGUUAUUCGAAUACAUACCACAGUGUGGUCUAGCUGCAAUAGUGAUCUCUGCUGUGAUGGGCCUGGUGGAUUAUCAUGAGGCUAUCUUCUUAUGGCAUGUAGAUAAGAAAGAUUUUGUUCUUUGGAUCAUUACCAGUACUACAACAUUGUUCCUUGGCAUUGAGAUUGGUGUCCUUGUUGGGGUUGGGGUAUCACUUGCUUUUGUCAUCCACGAAUCAGCAAAUCCACACAUUGCUGUCCUGGGACGUCUUCCAGGCACCACAGUUUACAGAAAUAUCCAACAGUAUCCAGAAGCAUAUACUUACAAUGGAAUUGUGAUUGUUCGCAUUGAUGCACCUAUCUAUUUUGCUAAUAUAAGUUUCAUAAAGGACAGGUUACGGGAAUAUGAAGCUGAUAUUGACAAGUCUGCCAGACAUGGGCCAGAAGUCGAAAGGAUUCAUUUUCUGAUUUUAGAGAUGUCACCCAUUACAUAUAUAGACUCCAGUGCUGUUCAAGCUUUGAAAGACUUGCAACAGGAGUACAAAUCACGGGAUAUUGAGAUCUGUAUUGCCAAUCCAAACCAAGAUGUUCUGCUGACCUUAACAAAAGCUGGUAUUGUAGAGCUCAUUGGUAAGGAGUGGUACUUUGUGAGAGUACAUGAUGCUGUUCAAGUUUGCCUUCAACACGUUCAGAGCUUAAACCAAACUCCUAAGAACCCAGAUUCAUUUGCUGAGGAUAAACCAAGUUUCUUCCAGAGAUUAUCGAAGCGGAGAGAAGAGGAUUUAUCAAUUGCAGAGCUAGAGUCAGGUGAUAAAAUUACAGAGCCACACUUGGAACCAUUGUUGUCUCGGAAGUCUUGAAUUUUGCUCGAUUAUUUUUAUGAACUCAUGAUGCUGAUUUGUCGAGGCAGGGCGUAUAUUGAUUAUUUGGAUGUAAAUAAUUGAUUCCAAGGUUCGAUUAUUUGCUAGUUUCUAGUCUUUAGUGUUGUAAGGCUCAUUUGUUUUCUGGAGUGAUGUAUUAUCCAUUUAUUUGCUGGAAAGGUUUUUUUUUUUUAAAGUGAA